AACCCCAGCACCCAGCAUUGUGAGUUUGUGUCUGGGUUGGACAAACUGUCCAGAGAUCCAGCAUCAUUACUGCUUGCUGUGUGUCUUCACUGGCAAUUUUUAUUUGAACUAAAUAAUGAUUAACAGGGGUGCUUUGCUUAAUUCUGUUCUGUGAUACGGAAGAGAAGAAGAAACAGGCAAGACCAGAUGGACACAACAAGAUACUUUCUGUGGCACUGAACAGUUAAAAGGAAAAUGAAGCCCACCACCUCUUUGUGUUUAUUGCUGGCUGGUUUGUACUCUGUUUCCCAGUGUCACCAGCGUCCUCGCUACCGCAAUAAGCAGGAUGACCCUAAAGGGACUUAUUACCCAGGACCCAGUUCUCAUGGGGAAGGAGUUUAUACAGUUAAAAACAAAACCUUUGCCAAACUAGCUCCCAGCAAUGCAGACUUUGCAUUUUCAUUUUACAAGCUGGUGGCAUCAGAAGAAACCAAUCAAAAUAUUUUCUUUUCACCCAUAAGCAUCUCUACUUCCUUUGCAAUGCUGGCACUUGGUGCCAAGUCAGAGACUCUGGUGCAGAUUCUGGAAGGGCUUUCCUUUAACCUGAAAAAUAUUCAGGAGCAGGAAAUACAUGAAGGUUUUUGCCAGCUCCUCCAAUUGCUGAACCGUUCAGACAGUGAGCUCCAGCUGAGUCUAGGCAAUGCCCUUUUUAUAGGAAAGACACAAAAGCCAGUACAGAAGUUCUUGGAUGAUGUCAAAAACUUUUAUGAGUCUGAAGUCUUUUCUACUGACUUCAAUAACUCCUCUGGCGCUGAGAAUCAGAUCAACAGCUACAUUGAGGAAAAAACAAAUGGGAAAAUUGUUAAACUAGUGGAAAAUCUUGAUCCUCUCACUACAAUGGUGCUUGUUAACUAUGUCUUCUUUAAAGCCCAUUGGGAGAAGCCCUUCAGUACUUUGUAUACGAAAGAGGAGGAUUUUUUUGUGGAUCAGAAAACAUCUGUAAAAGUUGACAUGAUGUAUCGCAAGGGUUACUACAGAAAUUACUUUGAUGAGAAGCUGUCCUGUUGGCUGGUUCAGAUACCAUACAAUGGAAAUGUUGCAGCACUAUUUGUUUUGCCUGAUGAAGGAAAGAUGAAGCAGGUGGAAGCUGCUCUUUUGAAAAGGACUGUGUCUAACUGGGAGAAGUUUCUCCAUGACAGAAAAAUACACCUGCACAUCCCAAAAUUUUCUAUUUCUGGUACCUAUGAUGUGAAAAGGAUAGUCAAACAUGUGGGCAUGAUUAAUCUCUUCACCGAACAAGCUGAUCUGUCAGGAAUUACAGAGAACAAUGGACUGUUGGUUUCAAAAGUGAUCCACAGAGCCGUGCUGAAUGUUCAUGAGAAUGGCACAGAAGUAGCAGGGGCCACGGUGCAGGAGCUUACCUGGAGGUCUGGAGAUAUUCCUCAUCCACCUCGAAUCAGAUUCAACAGGCCCUUUCUUCUGGUCAUUGUGGAUAAAUACACCCGCACAGUCCUCUUCAUAGGAAAAAUUGUAAACCCUAUAAAAACUGACUGACUGAACAAGAGACAUGAACUUACACAUGCUGCUGCCUAAAUUACUGUGAUGCAGCAAAACAUUCAUGUGUCUAUACCACUAUAUGCUAGUGCUCAUCUUUCAGCAGUUAUCCUUAUAUAUAUUGCUAAUCCCUUAAAACACAAAAACUAUUUUUUCUUGUCCAAAACUCUGCUAUUUCCCUCUCCAUACCUCCCACACACAAUCUACAGCCAUGUAGACUGUAGAGUUAACAGUCUUGUAGUAUUAAGAAGUACAACUCACUUCUCACCUGUUCUGUAAGAAGACCUUUCUGACAUGAUCCUGUAGGGUAUUUGAGAUGGUUUAAAGUCUCCAGAUGAUGUAGUUGUUGCUGUUCACCCACAGUAUGUGUAUGGGAGGGCAGGAGAAGGGAAGCAGGGAGAAGGAGGCGGGAACUAUAAGUCCUGUCUAUUUAAUCCACUGACUUUUGAUGAACAGUCUUAAAAACAAAUUCCUUUAAUAUUGCAGUGAAAUUCCAUUAGUUUCUUUGGUUUUUAACCAAUUAUGGUGAAAGCUACAGGAUCAGGGACUGGGACAUUGGAGGACACACCGAAGUAAAGGGCUGAUAAGUGCUGCUGUUUCAGCUUGCUUCUCUCUGUCUCCUCCUCAAUGGGAGCCCUCUUUGUCCUCAUGAAGACAAGAACAUUGUUUUUGCUUUACAAGUAAUGUUUCUUCUACUAAGGAAGGAUGCCGUAACAGUAAAAAGUCUCUCAUUUAUCUUACUAAAAAUAUCUAUUAUCGCAAACAUCCUGAAAUAAAAGUAUGGUGGAGCAGUCCCUGACAUAACACCACUUUAGUUUUUACAGAUUUGUUGUCACUGUCAUUUCUAAUUUCUCCUACUGACUCUACCUUCACUAUCACACUACCAGAUAGACUUGUCAGACUGUGAUAGAAAAAAGUGCAAAUGAAAAAUUGUGACUCCAGAGAGUUUGUGUUUCCUAGGAACAGCAGCACUUUCCUGGGGAUUUUUUACCUUCUUUAAAUUGUCACAUACACAUAACACAUUCAGGCAGUGUUUGAGAAGCCGUCUUUCUAAAUAUUAACUGUAGAUUACUGUUACAUAGUAAAAACGUAUCAUCACUUGAUAGUUGUACCUUUUCACUUAAGGUUUCAUGAAUCUAACUUAUUGCUACUGUUUUGUUUUAUGGUGACUCAGUUGACAGGAUUUUAACUCAACAGCUGCACUAGAUAGUUUUACGGUUAUGAGAGGAAAGAAACACAAAUCAAUAAAUAUUUAAUUUUUUAAUGUAUUUUUAACAUCAACUUCCUUCAUAAGUCAUAUUAAAAUAUAUAAACCAGUGAAAGAAGUUAAAUUACACAAUGAUCAUAUCUUUUGCUAUAGAAUAGCUCAAACUGGUAAAACAAAUGUAAAAUAUAAAUGCCUACUUUUAGGCUUCAGUUUUCUAAAAUGUCAGUGAAAAAUAUAACUUAAAAUUUAUGGUAAAUAUUUCUGAAGUACAAUUACCUUGAUUAGUUUGGAGAUAUUUGUUUUCUUUGACAUUGAAGUAUUGCUACUGAUAUUUGUAAAUUGUAGCUGUAAGUAUACUAGUAAGGAAGAAAUUCCAUAUGUGCCAGUCACAGAACACUUGACAAUCACUCUCAAAGCCCUCCUCAAAGUUGUGUGACAAUCAGGGGCAAAACUUUCUUACUCAUACUUGUACUCAGUCUGUUCACUAUCUAGGGACAGUUUCUACUGCCACUAAAGGUAUAAGGACCUGGUCUUGGUGUCAUACAGGCAAACUGAUUCUACAGAAGAUCAUUUUAAAGUUAUUGGAAAAUCCCAGGGUGAAUUCAGGA